AUGAGCAUCCUACAGAAAGGACUUGGUGACUCUCUUAGCCAUGUAGUCACCGACGUGGUCAACGAGGGCGUGCCCCCAAGCCCGGAAUUUGUGUAUACGCGUGUGUGUCUGGGUCGCUCGGACACGUUCAGACUUCGGUCACCUUCCACGUGCGCUCCGUGCCGUGCACGGCGCCUGCUGAGAUGCCUUGUCCGCCGCGCGAGGCCGCUUUUUAACUCGCCGGUUCUGAUGCCUCCGUGCUGCCGCCCUUCUGGGUUUCGCCGCCUCCGCGUCAGCGCACGUUCUCUUCCGAGGGCGUCUUUCCCCAGGGAAGCCGGGGACGCAAACCAAGCCAGGCGGCCCGGAAGGCCCGGUGUGAGCAAUUCUCGGACGACAUUUGGGCACGUGGGGAGGCUGAAUCCAGCGGGCGUGGGAGGCGCCGUCCGGGCGGCCCAGACGUGGGCCGGCCGCCGUCGGGGGAGGAGCGCCCCGCGCGGCGGAGGGCGGAAGCGGCGGCUCCGGCGCGGGCUUCUGGCGGCAGAGCGAGGCCGCGCGGCGGCGGCCGCCGGAGAGGCCGUUUCUGCGUGCAGACGCCGCCUUUCGCACGCGGCUCCCGCGAGUCCUUCCCGCGCCCGGCACUCGCCUAGGUAUGAGUUUUCAGGCUUUGACCAGGCAGCAGGUGAGAGGCGGCCUCUAGCCGCUCCAGUUGAUUGGGAUAUCUACUCAUCUGGAGACAAAGUUGGUUCAUCAUUAAGAUGUUAUUCUGAUGACGGCAAGCAUUGUAGGAUGCCAUUGUGCAGUUCACUCAAGCACUUCAACGUGAAUUGCUUAGAUGAUGAACUGGAUACUAUUCAUGACUUGAAGAAACGGGAAAAAGAAGAGUUAAUUGAGAAUGAUCAUAGAGUUAAUACCUCCAAAAUAACCAAGCAAUCUUUUAAAGAAAUAGAGAAAGUUGCCCUUCCAACUAAUUUGGCCUCAUCAAGACUUCGGACUGAAUGUUACAGUGAUGCAAGUGACUCUCCUGUGAAACAUAUCAGCUCCCCAAAAUCGAAAGCAUCAGACAAGCAGAGUUUACUUCCACAUCACAUUGGUCAGAUAUAUGAUGAAUUAUUUCAAAUUCAUCUGAAACUGCAGUGUGAAACUGCAGCACAACAGAAAUUUGCUGAAGAACUUCAAAAGCGCGAACAUUUUUUACUUGAGAGAGAACAACUGCUUUUCAGACAUGAAAAUGCUUUGAGUAAAAUUAAAGGUGUUGAAGAAGAGGUUCUUACAAGAUUUCAAAUUAUGAAGGAGCAACAUGAUGCAGAAGUUGAACACUUAACUGAAGUUCUUAAGGAAAAGAAUAAAGAAAGCAAGAGACUGAGAUCCUCUUUUGAUGCACUGAAGGAAUUGAAUGAUACCUUAAAAAAACAAUUAAAUGAAGUAAGUGAUGAAAACAGGAAGAUGGAGAUUCAGGCUAAGAGAGUGCAAGCUCGUUUAGAUAAUUUACAGAGAAAGUACGAGUUCAUGACAAUACAGAGAUUGAAAGCAAAUUCCCAUGCUGCUCAUGAAAUGAAAACCAUAAAGCAAGAAAAAGUACCAGUUCCAAAAACAUUCAAGGUACCACUUAAUGGACAAGUUUAUGAACUUUUAACUGUCUUCAUGGACUGGAUUUCAGAUCAUCAUCUUAGCAAAGUGAAACAUGAAGAAUCUGGAAUGGAUGGUGAAAAGCCAGUACUCAAAUUUGCUUCUCAGAGAAAUGAUAUUCAGGAGAAGUGUGUAAAG